GGAGAGUACCGGAGAGGAUGCUGGAUGCUGAUACGGAGCUGCUGGCGUUACACUUUCUGUCACACUGAAGCAGCUCUCAUCCUCACGGAGGGAAAAGAACAACAACACAUCUGUGUGAAAGCCGCAGGAUCGAGUGGACGAUGAACAUGUCUGGCGGCCCCCCGGGGGAGGAGCUCACGGAUGAGGAGAAGGAGAUCAUCAACAGUGUUCUGGCUCGUGCUGCCAUGAUGGAGGCCACGGAGCAUGAGAGGAUUGAGCGUCUCUCCAGUCGCCUGGAUAACAUCAAGAAGACAGCAUGCGGUGACGGACAGUCGCACUGUCUGUUGUGUGGGGCGUCUUUUGGGCCACAGGGGGUCACAGCUGUCCUCUGUGUGCAGUGCAACAAACACAUGUGCAGCAAAUGUGGAAUUUUGAGCAACGGCAGGACGAGUCCUACCUGGCUGUGCAGAAUCUGCAAUGAACAACAAGAGGUACAGAAGCGUUCAGGAGCGUGGUUCUUCAAGGGAAGAGUCCAGCAGGGUCUGCCUUCCCCCCUCCCUCUGUCCACAUCUCGACAGUCCAGCAUCGAGAACAGUUCUGGUCCGGGAGGCCACGAUGGACCAGAACAACCCACAACGCAUCAUCAGGGAUAUGAGCUGCAGCAGCAGUCCUGUGGAUCAGAACAAUGGGAGCAGACAGCAAGAACAACAGCUGACAAUUAUAAUGAGAGCCAGUCCUGUCCAGCAGCUGUAAUGAAGACUGAGAGACAAGUGUUGGCCUCAAAACCACCUCGAGCAAACGCACAGGAGGUCGCCCCCACCUCAGAUGUGGAAAACAAACGCCCAGAGAGGAAGGCGACAGUAUCCCCUCCAGCUGUGGUGGAAAAAAGACAGCCUGUUAUCUCCAGCUCCAUUUCAUCACAUGUUCCUGCAGCCAGAAUUAUUCCACCUGCCAACAACCCCGCUCCCCUGAGACCCCAACCUGAUGGAACAGAGGACGAGGACAUCGACUACGACUCCGACGACGCCACCACUUUGGGAUCUCUGGAGUUCAGUCUCCUUUACGAACAGGAGACCCACGCCCUGCACUGCUGUAUCGUUAAAGCUAAGGGUUUAAAGUCGAUGGACUCAAACGGAUUCGCUGACCCGUAUGUGAAGCUGCACCUCCUACCUGGAGCCAGUAAGUCUAACAAGCUUCGCACCAAGACGCUUAAAACGACUCUGAAUCCGGUGUGGAAUGAGACUCUGGUCUACCACGGUAUCACUGAUGACGAAAUGUCCCGCAAAACUCUCCGGCUCUCAGUGAGUGACGAGGACAAGUUUGGACACAAUGAAUUCAUCGGAGAGACACGAGUCGCGCUGAAGAAACUCAAGUUUAACCAGAAGAAGAACUUCAGUGUUUGUUUAGAGCGAGUGAUCCCGGUGAAGAAGGCUGUGGGAGGAUCGGCUCGUGGCAUGGCUCUCUACGAGGAUGACCUGAAGGAAGGAGAGGAUUCAGAGGAGAGGGGUCGUAUCCUGGUGUCACUGACUUACAACAGUCAGCAGGGUCGUCUGAUGGUGGGCGUAGUCCGCUGUGCUCACCUGGCUGCCAUGGACUCCAACGGAUACUCCGACCCAUUUGUCAAAAUAUGUCUGAAGCCAGAUAUGGGGAAGAAAGCUAAAAACAAGACACAGAUAAAAAAGAAGACCCUCAAUCCAGAGUUUAACGAGGAGUUUGGUUAUGAAAUAAAACAUGGCGAGCUAGCCAAGAAGACACUUGACAUCUCAGUCUGGGACUAUGACAUGGGAAAAUCCAAUGAUUUCAUUGGAGGAUGUCAGCUGGGCAUCCAGGCUAAAGGAGAGUGUUUGAAGCACUGGUACGAAUGCCUCAAGAACAAAGACAAGAAGAUUGAGCGCUGGCAUGUUCUGCUAAAUGACAACACUGUCCAGUUUGAGGAAUAAAUCAUCUUCCCACAUUUCUCUAUGUUUUCUUUCUGUACCGUUCCCCCUGUAGGAUAUUGUCUUCCAGUGAGCACAGGUAGACGGCUAUUAUCCUCUUGCUUUUAUGUAGUUUGUCCCCAAAGUGCAAUGUGCAGGCUACAUUUCCAACAGUUUUCAGGUGACCAACAUGGAUGUUGACCUCUGGGCUUUUUUAAGUGACCAUUCAACAACAUUUUCACUGUUAUCAUAUCAUAAACUGUAUCGUACAAUAAAUAAACCUUACAUGUGUUAAUGAUUGAACAUAAUUAUGAUAUUUUAUGGAGAAGAUAAAACCCUUGUAAUCAUUGUCAUUAGCACAGUGUGUUGUAAUGAAGUGUCACUCCAUGCUCAGGAGGGGAAAUCCCUCUUCUGUCACCUGUUCCUGACGUUGAACUGUGCUCCUGUCAUAUGGGACCAUGUCCUGUGUUGUCAGGUGAUCUGUGUGACCACAUUGAUGGAGUACUUGCAUCACCAACACAUUCGUUUUACUUGUGUUAUUGUGCAUAAUGCAAAAUGUUAAAUAUUAAAUGGGACACUUACAGAUGUUUGGUUUAAAAUGAUGUGAACAAUCUCACUUUUUUCUUUUUGUUGUUGAUGUGAAAUGCAUUUGCUUUUUGACAACUUGUUGGUCUCAUCAUCACCACAGUCACUACAUCACCUUCACCUGUGCAUGUGUGAGCUCUCUUCGAGAGAAAUGCCGAAAAUGCUUCUGCAUGACAGUUCAUUAUGGAGAACAAAUUCAAUAAUGCAACGUUAGCGCACUUCCAGAAAAUCCAUUUGAUUGAUGAAUUAAAAUCAGAUCUGCACAAGUGUUUUCAGAUAAAUGAUCAAACAUUUUGCUCUGUAUUCAUAUUGAUGCAUGUCAUAUUGUAGCAUCCACGUGGCUAAUAAAUAAAGACAUCAUGGCA